CCUGCCUGUUCAGCGGACCGCCUCAGCUCCGCCUCCCAAUCGCGCUUGGGACGGCGGCAGCCAGUUGCUCCCGAUGCACGACGUCGGCGGCUCGGCGGGGCCCCUCCAUGAGGACUACGGAAUGAGCCCCAAGGCAAAGAGCAAAGAGGAGGAUGGCAAGCAAGUCGUGAAACCUCCGUACUCGUACAUCGCUCUCAUCACCAUGGCCAUCCUGCAGAGCCCGGAGAAGAAGUUGACGCUGUCGGGCAUCUGCGAGUUCAUCCGGAACCGCUUUCCUUACUACCGCGACAAGUAUCCCAUGUGGCAGAACUCGAUCCGUCACAACCUCUCCCUCAACGAUUGCUUCGUGAAGAUCCCUCGGGAACCGGGCAACCCUGGCAAGGGAAACUACUGGACGCUGGACCCCGCCAGCGAGGACAUGUUCGAUAACGGCAGUUUCUUGCGACGCCGGAAACGCUACAAGCGUCAGCAGCACGAACCUCUUCACAUGUUGGGGCCCCCGUUGUUUCCAUUUCCGUACCACCAUUUCUUGCCGCCUCCGAUGACGCUGCUGCCCCCCCUGCCUACCCCUGUGGACCGGAAAGGCGCUAGUUUUACCAUUGAAAGUAUCAUCGGUCAGCAGCACCCGUCCUUCGACUGGCGAUGACAACGGCAACUUGUACAGAACACCGCGGCGGACUUUUCCAUAGCCGUAAGUGUUGUCACUUAGAGUGUCCAUUCCCAGACUGUAGAGAAGACAAUGUGUAUAGAAGCCUUCGUCGGUUGUCUUUAUGUAAUUACAUUUAUUCAUUAUUAAAGCACG